AUGGCUAAUGGGAGGAAAAAGAGGAACCACCGCCGGCGAGAAAGAGGAGGUCGGAAGGGCUACCGCCUUCGGACGGCAAAGCGCCACGUCCGCCGUGCGGCGAAGGAUUGCUCUCGGUUACACAACCCCUGCGUCGUACUGCCCGGACAUGAAUUAGAGGCCGCGUUACUCCGUAUAUAG